AUGAAGAGAAGAAUAGGCAGUGUCAACACUCUGCACCAGCAGAGCGCAUCAACACAGAUAAGAUUUGAUAAAGCAAGCUUGAAGCGAGUUCAGAUCCCUUAUAAAGACCCCCUGGUCAUUAGCUUAACAGUGGCAGAGUGUUUGGUACGAAGGGUGCUAAUUGAUCCAGGAAGCAGUGCCAAUAUCAUGCCUAGAGUCACCUUUGAUCGGCUGGAAAUCAAGCCAGAGGAGCUCAAGUGUACUGGGAAUCCACUAUUGGGAUUUGAUGGAAAACGAGUUGAAUCGAUCGGUACAGUAGAAUUACUUGUCCGAGUAGCUGAACGGGACCUUAUCGAGAGCUUUGUGGUGGUAGAGAUCCAUCUAUCUUACAUUCUGUUGAUAGGGAGAGGGUGGAUUCAUAGGGUAUAA